AACCCGUAAUACGGCCACUAUCUCCAACGGAACGGCAGACGAAGCCCCAAAGAGAAAACAAAACAGAGAGAAAAACACCCAGAGAGGGGCAAACGCAACCCCAACCCCCACCCCAGCCCCCUUUGCACAAAGCCACUCGGAUGACGCAACGGAGGAGACAUCAGCCGCCCACGAUGCAGACACUCGCGAUGAUGCUGCCGGUGCUGCUGCUGGUGUUGACGUCAGUGACGGUCCUGCCGGCCCAUGCCUCGCCUUUUACGAGCUAUCAGAAUCAGCGAUUCGCCAUGGAGCCGCAGGACCAGACGGCCGUGGUGGGGGCACGCGUUACGUUGCCCUGCCGCGUCAUCAACAAGCAGGGCACCCUCCAAUGGACCAAGGACGACUUCGGGCUGGGCACCUCCCGCGAUCUGAGCGGCUUCGAGCGGUACGCGAUGGUUGGCAGCGACGAGGAGGGCGACUACUCGCUGGACAUAUACCCGGUGAUGCUGGACGACGAUGCCCGGUACCAGUGUCAAGUGAGUCCCGGCCCCGAGGGACAGCCGGCCAUCCGGUCGACAUUUGCGGGCCUGACAGUGCUGGUGCCGCCGGAGGCACCGAAAAUUACCCAGGGCGAUGUCAUCUAUGCCACCGAGGAUCGCAAGGUGGAGAUUGAGUGCAUCUCUGUGGGCGGGAAGCCCGCAGCUGAGAUUACAUGGAUUGAUGGACUGGGCAACGUGCUAACGGAUAACAUUGAGUACACGGUGAUACCGCUGCCCGAUCUGCGCCGCUACACGGCCAAGUCGGUGCUCCGGCUCACACCGAAAAAGGAGCACCACAACACGAAUUUCACGUGCCAGGCACAGAACACGGCCGACCGCACCUAUCGCUCGGCGAAAAUACGUGUCGAGGUUAAGUACGCGCCCAAAGUCAAGGUGAAUGUGUUGGGAGGAGGCCCGACUGGUGGCUCCUCUAUGGGAACCCACCAACGGAUUGUGGAGCAUGCCCAGGUGCGACUCGAGUGCCGGGCAGAUGCCAAUCCCAGCGAUGUCCGUUAUCGCUGGUACAUCAACGACGAACCAAUUAUAGGCGGUCAAAAAACUGAGAUGAUCAUACGCAAUGUGACGCGCAAGUUCCACGAUGCCAUUGUCAAGUGCGAGGUGCAGAAUUCCGUGGGCAAGAGCGAGGAUAGCGAGACCCUGGACAUAAGCUAUGCCCCCAGCUUCCGGCAACGUCCCCAAUCCCUGGAGGCGGACAUCGGCAGCGUAGUGUCCCUCAGCUGCGAGGUGGACAGCAAUCCCCAGCCGGACAUUGUCUGGAUCCAGCAUCCCAGCGACCGCGUUGUCGGCACCAGCACCAACCUCACCUUCAGCGUGAGCAACGAGACGGCCGGACGCUACUACUGCAAGGUGAAUGUGCCCGGCUAUGCGGAGAUCUCAGCGGAUGCCUAUGUCUACCUGAAGGGAUCCCCAUCGAUCGGCUCCCAGCGGACGCAGUACGGCCUGGUGGGGGACACCGCACGCAUCGAGUGCUUUGCCAGCAGUGUGCCCCGGGCCCGUCAUGUCUCGUGGACGUUCAACGGACAGGAGAUCAGCUCAGAGUCUGGCCAUGACUACUCCAUUCUGGUGGACGCCGUGCCCGGCGGGGUCAAGAGCACGCUCAUCAUCCGGGACAGCCAGGCCUACCACUACGGGAAGUACAACUGCACUGUCGUCAACGACUACGGCAACGACGUGGCCGAGAUACAGCUGCAAGCCAAGAAGAGCGUUUCCCUUUUAGUGACAAUUGUGGGUGGAGCAUCGGCCUUGGUCUUCCUGGUGGUCCUCAUUAUCCUCCUGGUGAUGUACUUGAAGUGCAAGAAUCGCACCAAACUGCCGCCCGCCGAUGUGAUCAGCGAGCAUCAGAUCACCAAGAACGGAGGAGUCAGCUGCAAGAUGGAGCCAGGCGAUCGCACCUCCAACUACAGCGACCUCAAGGUGGACAUCUCCGGCGGAUAUGUGCCCUAUGGCGACUACACCACCCACUACAGCCCACCGCCCCAGUAUCUGACAACGUGCUCCACCAAGUCCAAUGGCAGCUCCACCAUCCUUCAGAACAAUCACCAGAACCAGCUGCAGCUUCAGCAGCAGCAGAGCCACCAGCAACACCAGCACCACCAGCAGCAGCAGCAGCAGAGCCACCAGGCACCGCACCACCAGCCACCAGCCGGCCAGAGCCUGCCCAUGACCUUCCUCACCAACAGCAGCGGGGGCAGUCUGACGGGUAGCAUCAUCGGAUCCCGGGAGAUACGCCAGGAGAAUGGUCUGCCCAGUCUGCAGUCGACGACGGCCUCUGUGGUGAGCUCCUCGCCCAAUGGCAGCUGCAGCAACCAGAGCACUGCCACCACCACCCACGUGGUGGUGCCCAGCUCGAUGGCCUUGAGCGUGGAUCCGCGGUACAGCGCCAUCUACGGUAAUCCCUAUUUGCGCUCUUCCAACUCCUCGCUGCUGCCGCCCCCCACAGCGGUCUAAGCGAUCGAGUAGUUCGAUCGAGCAGCCCACUCGAAGACUGAUCUCAAGGGACACGGGACACGGGACAAGGGCUACGCUCUGCACUGCUCCUGGCCUGUCCUGGAUCGUUCAAUGGGGUAAGAUUGGGGCGUCCGCGCCAUUGGAAGAUUUUCAGCAACCAAAAAUUCGAAUCGAGUAACGAGUAACUUAAAGAUUUAGCUUAGAAAGAGCUCACACACACACACAUCUGAUCGUAAUUGUAUGACUAGGCUUAGGUAAACCAAAACCCCCCCUGGCAUCCAGAUCCUUCGUUUUCUAAUCGGUAUCCUGCCUAGCCCACUGGAAAAUAAUGGAAUGUACUUUAGCUUUAGCAGAGGGAAUGAUCUUUUUCGAAGCCGUAGUGUGCUUUCUGCUUCGGUUUUCCAAUCUAGGCUAAGCGCAGUUCUAUCUAAACAGAGACUAAGCUUCAAAGAAUCAGUGUUAGGCAUUUACAACUAUCGAAGGAAAGAGAGAGAGAGGGAGAGUGUUAAGAAACGCCUUAAAAAAAUACAUUAACUGUUGGCUGCAGGGGCACCUGUUGAGUUUUCCGCGCAGCGAAGGGAUUAACGGCACUGCGAGGGCAUUUGUUAAGGGUUCAUCAUUUAAUGCCAUUUGGAAAUGAAGAUGGAAUAAUAAUCAAACACAAAUCUUUUAGAUAUACCUACCGAUAAAUUUAUCUUUGUGUUUUUCCACCUACAUAUUUACCAGCUUUCCUGGUAUUUCACUUCAAUCUUUCACUUCAAUCUUUCACUUCUUUACCAAUAUCUUUUGCCUAUAUGAUCUACUUCAUAUGAUCUAUCUUUUAUCUAUUAGCUUA